AUGAAUUGGAUCAAAGGCGCUCUUGUUGAGGCUGCCCCGUCUGACAAGGUCUACUUGGGAAUGGACUCUGCAAAUGGAUUACUCAUGGCUGUGAAGCAAGUAAACCUGCCAGAUGUCUCUGCAGCCAACAAAGAGCGCAGAAGAAACGUGCUGAACGUGUUAGAACGUGAAUUGGAUAUUCUCAGGGGGUUGCAGCACCCACACAUCGUGGGAUGUCUAUAUUCAUCGGUCGACAAUGACCAUUUCAACAUCUUCAUGGACUACGUUCCGGGAGGUUCGGUGGCAGCGCUUCUGCGCAAAUAUGGCGCUUUUGAGGAACCCUUGGUAGGGAACUUCGUUCGGCAGGUCCUCCGAGGUUUCAGCUAUCUCCACGAGAAAAAUAUCAUACACAGCGAUAUUCAGGGUGCAAACAUCCUUAUAGAUAGCGCUGGCAUGAUAAAGAUAUCUGGCUUCGGUUUAUCGAGAAAGAUUGACCAAUGCGAGUCGACAAGAAAUGUCUUCGCGGCAUCACCAUCUGACAAGUGUCCUCUAGAUCUCAUCACUGACAAUAGCAAACACACACCAUCAUUCUGGGGCUCUGUCUUCUGGAUGGCGCCUGAAGUUGUGAACCAGACGGCGUAUAUGUGCAAAGCUGACAUUUGGAGCGUUGGGUGCUUGGCUAUUGAGCUACUCACUGCAGAGCAUCCUUGGGCACCGCUGACUGAAAUGCAGGCUGCCUUCGAGAUUGGCAGAAUUUCUAAGCCUUCGAUUCCAUCAAAUAUCUCAGCGGAUGCACAAGACUUCCUCAGACGAACUUUCGAGGUUAACCACGAAGCUCGUCUGGGUGAAGAAGAACUUCUUCAGCAUCCUUGGUUUUCCCUCGAGGUUGCACAGUCCACCGCCUAA